AUGUAUUGUUUCGUCUUGAUCCUUAUUUCAAUAUCAACGGCGGUGGCUAAUGGUCAAACAGCAUUGUUUCCUGAUUGUAAAUCCGGUCCACUGAAAUCAUUUCCUAUCUGCGAUCAAUCAUUAUCUGUUCAACAACGCGCAACUGAUUUAGUUAGUCGUAUGACGAUACAAGAAAAGGCAAAUUGGUUGAUAAACACGGUUCAACCUAUUCCUCGACUUGGUCUUCCAUCGUAUCAAUGGUGGAAUGAAGCUUUACAUGGCGUCAUGUAUCUAAAGGCACAUGCUAUUGGUGUACCAGAAGCAACAUCUUUUCCAUCACCACUCAAUCUUGCUUCAACAUUCAAUGUGAAUCUUAUUCAUCGUGUAGCGAAUAUCAUUUCUACAGAAGCACGUGCUGCUAAUAAUGAAAAUAUAACUGGUCUGAAUUUUUUCACCCCAAAUAUUAAUCUUGUUCGAGAUCCAAGAUGGGGUCGAGGUCAAGAAACACCAGGUGAAGAUCCUUUUCUUGCAUCACAAUAUGUUUCUGCAUUGGUUCGAGGUUUACAAGAAGGUGAAGAUAGUCGAUAUUUAAAAAUAGCAGCAACUUGUAAACAUUUUAUUGCUUAUGAUAUGGACGCUUGGAAUGGAGCGAGUCGUUGGACCUUUGAUGCCCAAGUAUCUGAUUUAGAUCUUGUCGAAACUUACUUACCACCAUUUGAAGCAUGUUUUCGUAAUGCACAUGUUGCAAGUAUCAUGGGAAGUCUUAAUGCAAUCAAUGGAAUACCAGCAUGUGCUAAUCGAUUCUUUUUUCAAACAAUCGCAAGAGAUACGUUCAAUUUUGAUGGUUAUGCUGUUUGUGAUUGCAGUGGAAUUCAAAAUAUCAUGACAGGACAUCAUUAUACAUCGAAUAAUCCAGAUACAGUAGCGGUAGCUUUACAUGCUGGUAUUGAUCUCGAUUGUGGCAAUUAUUAUAGUACUAAUAUUCCAAUUGCUUUAAAUAAUCAAACCAUCGUUCAAGCUGACCUUGAUCAAGCAUCAUUACGUACUUUUAGUAUUCUUAUUCGACUCGGCUAUUUUGAUUCACCUGAACAACAAAUCUAUCGAAAUUUAAAUCGAUUUAAUAUUAAUACACCUCAAGCACAACAAUUAGCUUUAUUAAGUGCUCAAGAAAGUAUUGUAUUAUUGAAAAAUAUGAAUAAUAAUUUACCUUUAAAUCUUGAUCAAUUGACAAAUAAAACAAUUGCUCUUAUUGGACCAUCAAUCAAUGCAACGGAAUUGAUGCAGAGUAGUUAUCAUGGUCCAGCUCCAUUUCUUAUAUCACCAUUGAUGGCAUUUAAUACUAUUACAUCAAAUAAAUCAAUUAAUAUUCAAUACGCAUUUGGAUGUCAAAUUUCUGGUACAAAUCAAACUGAUUUUGCUGAAGCGAUAGAAUUAGCUCGUAGAGCUGAUUUCGUUUUUUAUAUUGGUGGAUUAGAUCAAUCAAUCGAGCGUGAGGAUUUAGAUCGAAUAUCGAUUACAUUACCUGAUAUUCAAUUAGAACUUUUACAACAACUUGAAAAAGUUGUUCGUUCACCACUCAAUGCUAUUAUUAUGUCUGGCAGUUCACUAGAUUUAUCUUAUAUACGUGAUUCUCCUCAAUAUGGCAGUCUCAUCUGGACUGGUUAUCCAGGAGAAUUCGGUGGAACUGCAAUAGCUAGUGUCAUUUUCGGUCAAUACAAUCCAGCUGGACGUUUACCAAUAACAUUUUAUCCAGAUUCAUAUGUAAAUCAAGUGAGUAUGCUUGAUAUGCGAAUGAGACCAUCGAAUGCUAGUCCUGGUCGAACUUAUAAAUUUUAUACUGGUCAACCAGUCUUUGAAUUUGGAUAUGGUCUAUCAUAUACAUCAUUUCAUUAUUAUUGGUACAAUGAUAGUAAUACUGUUUCAUAUUCAAUUGAAUCAUUAUUGAAUAAUAAAUAUGAUAAACGUGGUGUUUUAAUUGAAUUGUUUCGAGUGAAUGUAACAAAUACUGGUUCAAUGAAUGGUGAUGAUGUUGUUUUAGCAUAUAUAAAAGUACCACAAACUCUUUGUGAUGAUGAAAUACCACCAAUAAAACAAUUAUUUGGUUUUGAACGUAUUUAUUUGAAUGUUGGUGAAACAAAACAAGUGUUUUUUCCAUUAAAUAUCGAAACACUGUUUAGAAUUGAUCGAGAUGGCUCAAAAUGGAUUCAUCCCGGAGAAUAUGAUGUUUUUAUUGGUAAUCAACAUAUGUUUACAAUAAAAUUAAAUGGUUCUUCAACUCUAUGGGAACGAUUUAAAUAA